AUGGGAGGCAUUGUUGACCGCUUUUGGGCCGCAGAUGGAUCUACAAAGGUUGCCCAUGGAUGCUUGACACAUCUGCAGUGUUGGUCUCGAGAGGAUCUGCGGCAUACCUUUGAGAACUUCCGAUCUGCUGGGGGACACGCAGUGAACUGCAGGCAGUUUGGGCACAUCCUUCGAAUAAGCAACUAUGGCUUGACGAAGGACAUCUUUGACCUCCUUGUCGGGCCAGAACAUGCAGAGCGCGGCCUGCUGGACUUUUGGUCUGUCAUAGGUCCGAUGAUCAUCAUGUCUGGUCAGCACUACAUCUCCAGGGUCACCUUCCUUUUCAGUAUUUUUGACAUGGAUGGAGAUGGCUGCCUGAACGUCUCGGAGAUCAUUCUGGCUGUUCGCUCUGUGUUCUUUGGUCUGGCACGCUUCUUUCCCAAAGCCAGCUUGCCCGAUGGCAAGCGGCUUGAGCAUCUGGCUCAGGAGAUGUUCCAGCGCUUUGACUCAGACAGUUCUGGGUUCGUAAGCAUCGGUGAGAUUGUGAACUACGCGUACCGGAGCGAGGGCUUGCUGAAACUCUGCGAGCCUUUCCCUACUCGCGACAAGCAUAUCCACGAGGAGCCGCUACACUUUGCCGGCUCAUCGAGAACGCGCAAGGGCCGCGCUGCAGAGCCAAGUCUUGCUCUGCGGCGUGACGUGCGAAUGGCUCCGGACCCUCCGUCAACUUCCUCGAGCUCAGCAGCAAGGCCGCGACAGUACGACAAGCCCUGGCAGAGGGCGGCCAACCGGGAUGGCCUGACCAAGGCUCACGCCUGGAUCGCUUGGAUUUGCUUUCGGCUUUUUGCUAGCAAGGAGAACCCUCGAGUCAUCCAUGGUGGCGAGCUUCUGACCCUUGUCAGCCGAGGCCGAGUCAAGGUAUUCCCAAUGAUCAAUGCGGCGGUUGAUGAGAGCAAGGAUCUGGCUCAACAUUUCUCAAGCGAGCCAGAUGAGCUGGGCGCUGAUCGACUAGUGAUGAGUGUAAGCCAAGCAAUUCUCGCCGCUGAGUUUGAGGGCCGUCUGCGGAGGUUGACUGAGAAUGGCUCCAGCGAGGAGCCCGCGGAAGCAGGUCUUAUCUCCUUGCGAAGUUUCCUCUGCUUGCUGUGGCCUAAAGCCUGUGACGCCGCGAUCGAGUGCUGCGUGCGAUGGUGCCAGAGCUUCCAUGCCCAUCAGGUGUUGACGUCGCUUCUGCGGCAGAAGCGGGCCUCCAUGCGACAAAGCAGGCUUUACAGAGGCAGCAUUGACGAUGCCGGUGUCAUUGAGCUGGCAGCAAGCGGACGGCAGCCAGUGGCCGUGCUGGACACCCUAAGUCGCGAAGACCUUCAGGUGCUCUUCGACGCCUUGGACUUUGAUGGAAACGGAAAGCUCUCAGCGCGGGAGCUUUGCACACGAGGCGGCCUCAGCACCAGAGAUGCCCAGAAGCUUCUUCGCAUUUGGGACCAGGAUGCCGACGGCGAGAUUACCAGGAAGGAGCUCUCUAGUGUGGUGCAGAGCGUGGACCCGUCCUUGAAGCAGCAGGUCAAGGGGCUCUUCGCUGCAACAAGACAGGAUGUCAUGCUGCCGGCCGCGGCGCAAACCGCUCGGGAUCCGGUGAGGACAUUCGCGCGGCAAAAAACGCGCCGAACCAGCACAUUGCCGCCAGCCACGACCGCACGAGGCGUGCCGCCUGCUCUCUUGACGCGGGGGAGACCUAGGCCGGGAAAGCGAUGA